CAUCAUAUCCGUUUGUGCAGCAGCCAUUUUGUCUGUCCGUGCAAGCUUCCCCGCUCGGUCAAAAGUGAGGUUCCUUUUGAAAUAUUUUUUUUACAUCCCAUUUUUAUGCAUUAAGUGUAGUAUAAAAUCAUAACUUCGUUAGUCGGAGUAACGAUUCGUACUUAGUGAAACGUAGCUGGCCCCAGCUUUGCCGGGCUUGGGGGUAUAAGGGACGACAACUAAGAAGAAACGGCAAGCAAAGCAUGUCGACGGAGGAAAGUUACCUGGCUAUUCUACGCUACCUGACUAACGAGCGGGAGCCGUAUGCACCAGGGACAGAAGGCAAUGCAAAACGCAAAAUUCGUAAAGCUGCUGCUUGCUAUGUAGUUCGCAGCGGCACUCUCUAUUACCAACGCCGCCAAAAGGACAGAGAGAAAUUCGCCGAGUUGGAGGUUGUGCUACAGGCCGACAAACGGAAGAAAUUAAUUGAAUCAGCUCACAUAUCUACUGAUGGCACACACAAUACUCGCCAUCAGACUUGGCAUCUGCUUUCGCAGAAGUACUGGUGGAGAGGUAUAUUGAAACAAGUUAAAGACUACAUCAAAGAAUGCAGCAAGUGCCAGGAAAAACUAGAUCGAACCAAAACACUGUCUGAUCCAUCAGAAAUGCUGGAAGAACUUGGAAUAGAAGUGACAUCUCUUGGGGAUAGUAAUGAAACAGAUGAUGAUCUCAGUAACUCAGAGGCAGCUACUCCAUUACAAAAGAGCACUAAAUACAGACCAAUUUCAAAACAUGAAGUUGUGUUUGUGGAUAGCAAAGGCAUAGUGAAGCAAACCUCUUCAAAACAUAGUGCUGCCGUUUUGAGUCAGCUGAACCAGCAGAGAAUAUCCAACCAGUUUUGUGAUGUAACUUUGCUGAUUGAGGGUGAAGCUUUCAAAGCACAUAAAUCUGUCUUGGCAGCUAGCAGUGAGUACUUCAGAGAGCUGUUCAUUGAGAAAGGAGCCGUAGCUAGUCAUGAAGCAGUUGUGGACCUGUCAGGAUUCAGUAAAGUUAGCUUUCUUCCCCUGCUGGAGUUUGCAUACACUUCCGUGCUGACAUUUGAUUUUUGCACCAUGGCAGAUGUUGCUAUGUUGGCCCGUCACCUUUGCAUGAUGGAGAUUUUGGAGAUUUGUGAGUACAUACACAAACAGAUGGAAGAGAAGAAGCUUACAGUUUACCAGAAAGGGGAUGUGCAUACUGUUGAAGCUCGUGAGGUUUUACCAGAAGAGAACAAUAAUCAGGUAGCCUUACUUGUGAACAAUGAAGAAGCUCCAUAUACUGUGGCAGUCAGUGAAGGAGUGAUUGUGACAGUGAAUGGGGAAACUCCAACUGUGGGAGAGAGCACCCUUGCUGAUGCAGCAGUACCCCCUUCUGAGACUGUGAACUCAGACACAAGUCAGUAUGAACCUGUGUCUCCUGCUGUCACGGAUGUUAGCCCAGAGCCUGUCACUGUGACUGAGCAAAAACAGACUGAAGGAACUGAUGUGAAGUUAAGUGCUCCUGAAAAGGGUGAUGAGGCUUUCAUAAGUGUUGCAGAGGAACAUUCUGCAGAAGAAAUGGACUGUUCUUUAGCACAUGCUCCUGCAGAAAAUGACAAGAACAAUGAAGCACUAGUAGCAGAGCCAGAUACUGAAAAACUACAGAACACUUCUAAACGGAAACGAGGAAGACCGGUUCGGCUGUUGAGCACUACCAUACCCUCAUGUGACAUAGAAGAAAAUGCAGAUGACCAGUAUAAGAACAGGUUACGUCAGCGUUCUUUGGGUGAAGGAGGUUACAUCAGGUUACACAAGGGCACUGAAAGAAAGUUGCAAAAUAAGAAAAAUGCUAACAAAUCAGCACUACAGCAGGUUGCUAUGAAGUUGGUGCAGAGAGGCAAAAAGAUGAAGCAACCAAAGAGAGAGAUCCCUGACAGUAAAGAUGUUGAGCCAGAACAUAAGUGCCAUGAGUGUGGACUCGUCUUCCCUAGACGGUACACUUUGAUAAUGCAUUCACUGAAGCAUGAACGAUCAAAGGACUAUAAAUGCCCAUUGUGUAAAAAAGAAUUUCAGUAUGGAACCUCUUUACGAGCACAUCUUGCCCGCCAUACUUGGAAGAAUGAAGUUGCCUCUGCUGCAGCAAGCAUUACAGAGUCUGGAGAUGCAGCAAUUAAAGGUCGAACCAAACGCGAGUUCAUCUGUGAUAUCUGUGGAAAAUCUUUACCAAAGCUGUAUUCAUUAAGAAUACAUAUGCUGAAGCACACUGGAGUAAAGCCUCAUGCAUGCAAGGUCUGUGGAAAAGCAUUCACCUACAAGCGUGGCUUGAAAAUGCACAUGGCUCUCCACGAAGCGCAGAAACAGUUUAGGUGUGGAUUGUGUGAAAAGUCUUUUGUAACCAAGCGAAGUCUCCAAGAACAUUUGAGCAUUCAUACAGGAGAAUCCAAGUAUCUUUGCUCAAUCUGUGGAAAGUCCUUUCACAGAGCCUCAGCACUCAGCAAACACACAAAGAAACACCAGCCAAAGCCUGAAGUUCGUCAGUUUCAGUGUGCUCACUGUGAGAAGAGUUUCUAUGAGGCACGUGAUCUCCGACAGCAUAUGAACAAGCAUCUUAGUGUAAAACCAUUUCAGUGCCAGCUUUGUGGAAAAUGCUACAGCUGGAAGAAAGAUUGGUAUUCUCAUGUGAAAUCCCAUUCUGUCACAGAACCAUUCAAGUGUAAUGUAUGUGGCAAAGAGUUUUUUGAGAAAGCUCUAUAUAGAAGGCAUGUGAAGAAGGCCACACAUGGAAAGAAAGGCAGAGCAAAACAGAAUCUAGAAAGAACAUGUGGACAGUGUGGAAGGAAGUUUACUCAACUUCGGGAAUACAGAAGACAUAUGAACAAUCAUGAAGGUGUGAAACCAUUUGAAUGCCUUACUUGUGGUGUUGCCUGGGCUGAUGCUCGUUCUCUGAAAAGACAUGUAAGGACACAUACUGGUGAACGGCCUUAUGUAUGUCCAGAAUGCAGUGAGGCUUAUAUAGAUGCCCGCACUCUUCGUAAGCAUAUGACCAAGUUCCACAGGGAUUAUGUUCCAGGUAAAAUCAUGUUGGAAAAGGACACUUUACAAUUCCACAAUCAAGGGACACAGGUGGAGCAUGCAGUCAGCAUUAUAGCUACGAACAUGCAGGAGCAAGAUGAUGAAAUGACGGUUGAAGAGAUUGAAGCUGUAGUUGUUUCUGGCGAAACAUUUGAAGCCGUGGAAACUGUGGCUGCUACUGAGGAGUGCAACACAGUAUCCACCCUCAGUGAUCAAGGCAUUAUGCAGGUAGUCAAUUAUGUACUUGCACAGCAGCAUGGACCAAAACCAGAUACUCCAGAAACCAUAGAGACAGUUGAAGUGGAAGUUGCCAUUCCAGAGGCUGAAUAAGCAACAGAAAUACUUAGAAUUUGCUGGACUGAACAUGUGAAGUAUGGACAUUGUGCUCAAAAUGAUAGUGCAUUUGAACUACUUUAUAAGUAGAUAUAAUUCUGGCUAUUGACUACUGUAAUAAAAAAGACAUACCAUGAGUCGUAACACCUUUACAUGCUGAUCAAAAUUGCAGUCUCUCAAUUCCCACUACAGUUACAAUCUAGCAACAGUAAAUUAAAGUAGUACAUUAGAAACAAGACACUGAAUGAGCUUGGCACACUUCAGACAUGAAGAGGAAAUCCUACUUAGACUUCUCAGAAAACUGUGCAAGUAUCAUCAGAUGUGGAGGUUUAACUGCAUGGAGAUAUGGAGUAGGAAUAUUCAGACUUGAUAUGCAGUUAAAGUGGUCAAAGUUUCACAGUACAUAAAUAUAUUAUUGCAUCUGAAAAGCUUGAAGCUGGCAGCCACUGGCUAACAAUAUGUAAUGUAUUUUGUUGACUUCAUUCAAAGCAAAAUGAAUCAGGCAAACGCAAUACCCAUAGCUGUGUCCUCCUGGAAAUCAUCCAACUAUAUUUUGGAUGACUUCUUAAAAUGUUAAUAUAUAUAUAUAUAUAUAUGGAGUUUUGUGUUAAAGAUGCUGUAAAUAUUUUCCAUUUUUAAUGUAAAGAGAAACAUGGACUUGAUUAUAAACUGUUGUAUGUGAAGUUUACAAACAGAGGCUCAUAGAGUUUAAGGCCAUUACAUAAAAUUACAUAAAACAGAGUGCAAAUACUUCAGGCAUUUAACAAAGGUAAAUGUACAUUUACAUUAUUGAAAUGCAGAUACAGGGUGCCUCCAUUCAGGCUUGUGAAACAGUUGUACUGAUAUUGGUGUAACUGGAAAACUAACAUAGUUAAAUGUUUAAGGGGCAGUUUGAGCAGAGUUCUCUUUUUAUGAUUGAGAGACAUAACUGCUUUGACGUAAUUUCACAGUGCAACUGUCUUAGGAGUUUGGUGGUGAUUUAAAAAAUAGACUUGCAGUAAUAAAAAACAACUUUUAAACUUCA